AAAAAUAUUAAAUUUUGACGUAGUUUAAAAUGGCCCAUAGUUAGCAGCUAUUUAGAAGCAACAAACAACAACAGGCAAUCAAAUUCGGUCCGUGACUAGAGGAAUCUAGAAGCUGGUGAAUGUGCUCUCUCAUCGUGUCUGAAAAUCAUUUUUUGCUUCGCUCGGCUGAUGCAAUUUUUGAUGAUACAUCUUUCCUCGAGUCUUACCUAUAAAAUCGGUCGUUCCGUGUGGGAAGCAGUUCAGUAUACCAGUACAAGCACGCAGCUUUUCUUCCAUCCCUGCGAACACUUAAGUGAAGUGAAUUUUGGUGCAAUCCUAGUUGAAGCUAUAAAGAACUGGCAAAGCAAUCCGGUUUGCAAUAUUUGACAAGUGUUCAAUAUUUCGUUGUGAAAGUGUUAACCUUGCAGCUCGUUAGUUUGCAGAUUAGUGUUCAAAUAGCAUAAACUCUGCAUCCAAAAAGGAGACCCAUAAACUCGCUUUAAAACCAGUUCAUCGCGUUCCACGAACAAAAGCGGCCGGACGAUGAGUGAUCUAGCUUCGUUGAAAAUAACCAUCGAGAACGAGGCCAACUAUCUGUUGUUCGGUAGCCGGAUUUGUCCCGAUAUAAAUGAAUUGGCAGCAUUUUGUCGAAACCGUUACCAAGAUUUGCAGAAAAAUGUAGACGACUUCCUGUACUACUGGAUCGAUGACGAUGGAGAUGCGAUUCGCAUUACUACGGACGAAGACUAUCAAAGCUUUUUGCAAGCGAUGGCCAAUGUUAAAGCACGGCUUUACGUCGCGGACAAGAACGCGACGGUGGCAGAGACGAGCCUGAUUAAGGAAGAAAUCAACGUGCAGGCUGAGCUCGACGAUGCGCCGAUGCAGAACGUUGCAACUGGUGAUGCUGUUCCGUCUCGUCCGGUGCACCAGCACGCGAUUUGCGAUGUGUGCGAUGGACAAAUCGUGGGUCACCGCUAUAAGUGCCUAACAUGUCAUGACUAUGACCUAUGCAUGGGCUGUGAGGCAAAGUUCCGCCACAAGGACCACCUGAUGUUGCGUAUCCCCAAGCCAGUUAUGGUGAAUCGAUCGCAGUCCACGGUGUCCCGGAUGCUGGACAAAUUGCGUGUAUACUCCGCUCGUAUCGCUAGCACUAUUGAACGGGAUCUUGGCCCAGAGGGAGAGACUAAUGCCACGGCAGGCAAUGAGUCCGCGGAAAUUACUGGCACGAAACGCGCAAAUGCACGCAGUGUACAUCGUAGCAAGCACAGCGACGAACGCCGUACAACCGAGACGUCGAAGUCUUCCCGUGGUGGUAAAUUGUGCGGCAAUGAUCGUAAGCAAAAUUCUGCAGCCGAGACAUCCGACGAGCGUUGUUCAAAAGACACCAAGGAGAAAUCAUCGGUUCCCACGGCAUCGGACUACAUGCGAAAUUGUCGCGACAUGAUGUACAUGUAUAUGAAUUCGAUCGAACCGUUGGAUUCCGCAGGGAAGUCCGCUUCUUGGACAGCCGGCGAUCAUGUAACUGUAGCAAAUGUUGCAGCUGCAACGGCUGCGGCUGCCGCUGCCAGAGCUACUGCGUUAGCUAACAACGUAAUGAAUGUGAAUGUACCGAUGAAAAAUGGCAAAUCUACCCCAUCGCAGUUCAUGAUUCAGCCGGUUCGAAGAGUGGAUCAAAUAGCACACCAAACGCAUGCACCGAAACAACAGAAACCGCCAAUGGGGCCACCAACACCGUCAGUAGUGCCGCUUCCAUUUUUACCGUUCGUUAAUCUGACAUGGCCAACACAAGAGAAGCUGCUAGUUGCUAGCGAGAACGUAUCGAAGCUUUUGGAUCCGCUUGGUUUAUGCUUUGAAAUACGUCACAAGUCUUCGAGCUCUCCGUCAACCUCUCCCGGAUGCGCUAAAGCUCGUAGUAGCGAAGACGGUGGUGCUGUUCCGUCAACGUCAGCAUCCGUUGCUGACACAACUGCACCUAUACCGACAACGUCGACGGUAGAAUCUAGCGUGCAGCAGGAACAGAAUAAAGCUACUGAAACCGAAGUAUCACCAGCGGGUGUUGAAAACUUCAACCUCACUAAAAUGCAAGCCUUGCAAACCUUGCAAGCACAGGCCAAUCGUUUUUAUGAAGCGAUGAAGGAAAUCGACGUAGAAAUUGAGAUGGCAAACUCGGGCGCUAAAAAAGAGACACCAAAAGCAGAAAAUGCCGUCUCUGCGAUGCUCGAAUCGGACUCUGCUUGUGAGAAAAAGCCGGAUACAGGCACCAGAAAUGAAGUAGAUGAUGAAGACGAUUCGCAAAACACUUCAUCCGCAUCGUUGCUAACUGACGAUGAUCAGGAUUUGCUGGAAGUAUCGGUGGAUGGAGAAAAAGCUUUUGGCCCGUCCAAGCCGCCAGUGCAGAAGGAGAAGAGCUGGACUUUGAUCGAUCUACCCAUGGAACACGACGAAGAGAAAAUUGCUAAUGCAACACUGGAUGCAAUUGCGAAGCUGAUCGGACACGAUUUGUCCUCCCCUGAUAAGGAGCCGUCCCAACCGCAAGUACCACCUUCCAAGGAUACGACAAACGAUAAGACAGGCGAUCACCCCAAAAAAAAUGUAACUUUCAUCAGUGCGGCGGAUGAUCAUCAUUCUUAUGAUGAAAUGACGAGUAAACGGAAAAGCGAAAAAUCAUGCGACGUACCACAGCCGGAGCCAUUAUCCCUUGAAGAGGGAAUGGAAAAGAGGGAGAAGGAAUUAUUGUUGUUAGCAUCUUCUUCAAAUUCCGGACCUUCUACUUCAUCAUCGUCCGGCAAUCGGUCGGGCAAGAGCUCUCGCAAAACGAGCUCGGCUCAGCAGAAGGAUUCCACUAUCUACAGCCAUCGUCCGCACGUUAACCAUGCCAUUCACACGAUGAUGACGAUGGGUUUUAGCAACCACAACGGUUGGCUGACACAGCUGCUUGAAUCACUGAACGGUGACAUCCCGAAGGCACUGGAUAUGUUGCUGCAGCAUCGCCAUUAAGUGGACGCGAGCGUGUGUGCGUGACUGAACGAUUUUCCUAUACACUUUCGAAUACUUAACAGCGAAGAUAAACUAUCUUCCUUUUAUAGAUGUUAGCCCAGAAGGGUUGCUGUUGGUGACGGAAUUUUACUUUACUGAAUUAAUUAUCUAUCAGUCAAUGUUAGACGCAGCUGUUAAAAUCUAUCCAAUGAACCAUAGGUUUCGGGAUGAUCGUAUUAAUUGUCAAUUGGUUGCUUCACUGAGGAAAUUGAACGGAGGAUAAGAUCGUCGUUAUUAGCUUACCUCCAUUGCACGCACUUCCAGUAUUUGCUGGAUUGUGUAUCCGGUGGUAAUGGAGGAUAGAAGUAUUAUAUGCUAGGCGUGAGCACAACUCGACCAGAUGUAGGAUAUGUGUGUUGCGAAGCAUUAGAGAAAAGGCAUAUUUACACUUUAUAAACAUACACACUAACUUGUUUACAUGUGUGUGAACAUUAUAUAUGUACGCAGAUGUAUUUCCUUUCACCACCUUCCCUUACGUACGAUAGGUGGUGAGAAGGCGAAUGCUUACAACAAAAAAUAAAAUGUUCUUCGGCCGACAGCCGACGGACU